ACACUAUUUAGAACAUUGAGUACAGAAGAGUCAUCGUACAGAAGAGUCAUCCAACAAGGGAGUUCGUCCAGCGUUUCUCAUCUUGUUAGAGAUCUUUAAAUAUACAAAAACUAUUCGGGUUGUAAUAGAUGCCAUUGAAAAGUCGCGGGAACAUUUUGGCUGAAAGAAGAGCAGAAUUUGUUUUGUUCAGGAUACUGACAGUGGAGUGCAGAUAAUUAUAUUAAUGCCACUAAUAUUUACUACAGUAAUGUAGUUGAGAUUAAAAUAAGAAACAGUGUUGAGUUUUAGAUGAUCGACGCUUUGAAUUUGAGUUUAACCGCUGUGCUACUAAGGAUAAUAGCACCUUGCAAUCCUUACAGAAAACAUCCAGUUGACAUUGUGAAACAGGCGAGUUAUUGACAAGACAUUUAGUCAGCAUAGGUUGCUUUCUCUAAAGAUUUUCAGAAUCGAGGUGCCUGCAGACAUGGGCUCAAUCAAGCCUGGUGGUGUCAUAGCCUACAUCUCUUCUGGCUCCGCCUCCAGCCCGGAGUGCUGUUUGAGUGACAGCUGCAGCAGCGGCUACCUGUGCUCCUCUCCGCCUCAUCCCUCACUGCCAAGCCGGGCAGUAGGAAUCAUGGUGGACAUCGCCAGCCCUACCACAGCCAAGCACCCACGUAGCCACAGCACAGACAAGACUGGGCGAUCCACCUCCACCAAGAGCAGCAUCACCAAGAUCAACGGCAUGGUGUUGUUGUGUAAGGUGUGCGGCGACGUGGCCUCGGGGUUCCACUAUGGCGUCCACGCCUGCGAGGGCUGCAAGGGUUUCUUCAGGAGGAGCAUCCAGCAUAGCAUCCGGUAUAAGAAGUGCCUGAAGAUGGAGAACUGCACCGUCAUAAGGAUCAACAGGAACCGCUGUCAGCAGUGCCGCUUCAAGAAGUGUCUGGCUGUGGGCAUGUCUAGAGACUCUGUUAGGUUUGGCCGCAUCCCAAAAAGAGAGAAGCAGCGCAUGCUGCUGGAGAUGCAGAACGCCAUGAACAACAUGAUGAUGAACAACAACAGCCAGCACCACAGUAUGCUCCACGGCACCCAGAGUCCACCCUGCCCCAUGGAAGGGCUCCCCAAUGACGGCAGCUCCUCUUCAUCUGCCUCUUCUUCCUCCUCUAUCUCGUCUUCAUCAGGCUCCAACCCUUCCUCACCCUGUUCCGCUCAAGACUCCAUGGAGACCAGCUCUAGCUCCGCCUCUUCCUGUUCAUCGGAUAGCGGCGAUGACGAGGUUCCUCCUUCCAGGGUGUGUCACCAGGGCACAUUCACGUACCGCCGUGAGCAGCAACAGUCCAUCAAAGAGGAACCGGAGGAGUCACCUUCGCCGGUCGCCAGGGAAACUGUAAAAGACAGGAGAGACAGCCGCAUGGAGGAACUGCAGGAGAGCUGGAAACGCUGCGACCAAGACACCAGGGGUUACCAACCUAGUUGCAACAGCCAUCAACACGUCACCAACGGUCCCUACCGGGAAGAGAGAGUUGUUUACCAGCAGCAGCCUGCGCAGCUAAACGGCGCCCCCAGUGGUAGAAUGCCAGAAGAUUCCUACAGCCUCCAUCACAGGAGCCACAACAUAAUGCACAACAUACAGACCGUCUCCAAUGGUUACAGUAGACCAUCAUACAGCCUACAGGACCACAAGACAAACAUGGUCACUCCUAGUCUCUAUGUGGACCCCAGCCAGCGCAGCCAGGAGAUCUGGGAGGAGUUCUCCCUGAGUUUCAUCCCGGCCGUGCGCGAGGUGGUGGGGUUUGCCAAGAGGAUCCCGGGCUUCCGCGACCUCUCCGAGUACGACCAAGUCAGCCUGCUCAAAAACGGAACAUUUGAGGUGCUUAUGGUGUGCUUCGCUUCUCUGUUCGACGUGGCCGAGCGCACCGUGACCUUCCUGACGGGGAAGUGUUACAGCUUGGAGCUGCUGCACUCGCUGCGGGCCGGGCAGCUGCUCACCUCCAUGUGUGACUUCAGCGAGAAGCUGGCCGCUCUGCAGCUGGACAAGGAUGAGAUGAGCCUCUUCAUUGCUGUCGUCCUCGUCUCCGCCGAUCGUUCGGGGAUCCAGGACUUGAAGUCAGUGGAGGCGCUGCAGGACACGCUGAUCCGAGCGCUGCGGAGUCUGAUCAUGACGAACCACGCCAACGAGACUACCACCUUCACCAAGCUGCUGCUGAAGCUGCCCGAGCUGCGCUCCCUCAACAACAUACACUCUGAAGAACUGCUAGCCUUCAAAGUGCACUCGUAAUGGGGCUCAUCUGACUCCUAAUACCCUCCUUCCACACUUUAAAACCAGGACUGACUUCCUCUGCCACUCCUAUACCAGGACCAAGGGGAGACCUUGGUCCUGGAAAUGAUGAAGUGCAGAACUACUUGGUUUUGUUUGUUAAAGCCGUUUAAUUCCAAAGUGUAUUGCUCACGAGCAAUGUGAAUGUGAUGAUUAUGCUCUCUUUUGGAUGUUUCAAACGACGCGCAAUAUCAAUUGGUCACUGUUUUCGACCCAAUAUGUUUGAUAAAAGCCCUCAAGACUCAAUGUAAACAUCUAUAUCAAAAAUAAUGCUUGAUUAAUCAGAUAAUUGCUGCAAUUGCAUGGCUAUCCUUAGGUGAACAACUUGACGUUGUCGCUCCCAACCCUCCGAGGAAGGAGUCAUUUCUUUAUUUUUGAAUUGUUCAACUGCAUUGUCAUGUUUACUGUCCUUUGUGUACAUAGGGUAUUUCAUUUGUCUGAAUAUUUUGAAUAUUUAAUUUUUUGCCUGUCUUUGUCUCAGCUGCCUCUACCACGCCUCCUUCUGGGGACUUGUUGAUAGUGCACUUUUUCAGCAACACAACUUUGCACAUUGUGUUGUGGACCGUCAACCUCCAAAAUCUCACAUGCCACCACAGACCCACAUCAUGUGCGCAUGAUGUGAACACGAUGAUACUAAAGUGUUCCUUCACUGAUUCCCCACCUUCCUCACAGUGAGGAGUUACUGGGGGGUUUUGACUUUACCUCCUGGCAUUUCAGCACAGCACUGACUUUUAAAACUGAUAUUGUUUCCCAUCUGUUGUUUUUUGGGGAAUGUCUGUAUUUGUCUCCUUUUACGGACAAGAUUGCAGUUUGUAAAUAAAUAGUUAUGCUAUAUCUAUCAUAUAUACAUAUAUAUAUAUAUAUAUAUAUAUAUAAGUAGUAUAAAUAAAU